GUUUCAGCACUUGAACGUUUCUACUUCCGGUUAUCUUGACGCAACCUCUAUGUACCCAUCCGGGGCUUGCUGUUCUUUCGUGUUCCCUUCUCCAAACCAAACGACCUCCAUCAAAGCAUUUUCAUUGGAUGCGACAAAUUACUACUGACUGGAGGCCAACGCAAUCCGAAACAUCAAGUUAAAGAGUAGAACGUGGAAAAUGAGGAGAGGAAAUCCAGGUCAAGACGAACAUCUGGAGGAAAAAAAAAAAGAAAAUGGAGAUGCCACAAAAUACGACUGACUGAAGGCUAACGCAAUCCUGAACGAGCCAAAGACUUGAGACGUGGAAGAUGAGAUAAAAUCCAGGAUCACGACGAACAACUGAAAAACAAAAGAAAAUGAGGUGUCCCACAGACGUCGCUAUAGAACACCUUCAACCUGAGAACCACGAUCCCAUCGACGUUAAACAGGAGUCAGAGUCUGAGAUGCAGUACAUCAAGCAGGAGGCGGAGCCAGAGACCCCCAUUAGUAAAGAAGAACAGCAGGAAAACGAAAUCCCCAAGUUUCCAAUGACAAUCAGUGUGAAGACUGAAGAAGAUGAAGAAGGUCCAAACGAAGAGAAUAGAGCAGCGAAACCUUCGAGCGACAGCUCCUUUUGGCACGUGACAACAAAAGCAAAAGGACAAUCGCAACCGGACGGCCUCUUAAGUCCGCUUUCGGACAGCGACGAGGUAACGUCCCACUCUUCUGACUUUAACACCGAUGAGGAGGAUAAGGACUUUGACCAAAAUGCUUCAAAAUCCUUAAACAAGUCAUCAACGAAAAGGGACACAAAAGAAUGUGCGGUUGGGAAACGUUUUCCCUGCUCACUUUGUGGUCAAAGAUUUUCUUGGAAGUCUCAUUUAGAAAUACAUAUGCGUGCACACACUGGAGAAAAGCUUUUUGUCUGCACAUGUGGUAAAAAAUUCGCCGAGAAGGGAAAUUUAAAGAGACACGCAAGCACACACACUGGAGAGAAGCCUUAUGCCUGCUCCCUAUGUGAGAAAAAAUUUUAUCGAAAGUAUCAGUUAACGAGACAUACGCGUACUACACACACUGGAGAAAAGCCUUUUGUCUGCACACGUGGUAAACGAAUCAGCAAGAAGGGAGAAUUGAACAAAUACACAUGUACACACACUGAAGAGAAGCCUGUUGCCUGCACAGUUUGCAACAAAAGAUUUUCUCGGAAUACUAAUUUAGAGAUACAUAAGCGCAUACACACUGGGGAGAAGCCUUUCGCCUGCACACUUUGCGAAAAAAGAUUUUCUCAGAAGGCUAAUCUAAAAAUGCAUAAGCGCACACACACUGGAGAGAAGCCUUUCACCUGCACACUUUGCGAUAAAAGGUAUUCUCAGAAAAAUAAUUUAGAAAUACAUAAGCGCAAACACACUGGAGAGAAGCCUUUCACCUGCACACUUUGUGAUAAAACAUUUUCUCGGAAGACUAUUUUAGAAAUGCACCGGAGUACACACACUAGAGACAAACCUCUUGUCUCCACGCGUUGUGGUAAAAGAUUCACCGACAAGGGUAAUUUUAAGAAACACACAAGCAACCACAUUGGAGAAAGGUCUUUUGUCUGCACAUAUUGUGGUCAACGAUUCACCCAGAAGCGAUAUUUAAAGAAACACAUAAGCACGCACACUGGAGAAAAGCCUUUUCCCUGCUCACUUUGUGGUAAAAGAUUCCUUCAGAAGACUGAUUUAGUCAAGCAUGAGCGUACACACACUGGAGAGAAGCCUUUCUCCUGCUCCUUUUGUGAGAAAAGGUUUUCUCGGAAGGAUCGGUUAAAAAUGCAUACAAGAAUACACACUGGAAAAAGCCAUUUUCCUGCACAAUGUGUGGUAUAAGAUUCAUGAAGAAGAGACAUUUAAUAUUGCACGUAAGAAGCCACACUGAGGAAUCAUGAAACUGAAAAUAGUGUCUUAUUUGUUGAACGAACAAAUACUGGUGGAGUUAUUUACAAGGGAAAUGAAUUCCCCCACCUCUCCUGCUUUUUGACCAAUGAGCUCACGGAACAAUCACAAUACCAAAUCCCACUCAACUCGUUGGUCGUGGUACUGUCGCUUGACAUGAUGAAACCGGAAGACAACAUGCAGUUAGCGUGUGGAAGAUGAGAGGAUUGAGGGAAAUGAGUAUAAAGCAUGUUCAAAAUAAUGAUCAUUUGUUUUCUUGUCUUCUGUGUACUUCAUUUUCACUAAUAGUUUUUUUUUUUUUUUUAUUCAAUCAAGUUCAUUUGUAUUUCCACACGGUAUUUGGAGUGAUCAUUUGCAACAAUAUCAUUGCAGAGGGGACUUAGAACACACUUGUUGGAAAAAAAAAGUUUUCCUCAGUUUAUGUUUGCAGUUUUUCCAAAUGUAUAUUUUAAAAUGGCCAAAAACACACACACUCACACACAGAGGCUCAGCACCUUAAGGGUUAAAUUAUACCGUUUUCUAUUUACCAGGAGAGAUGUUUUUGUUUGAGUAUUUUUUGUGUUUCCAUGUGCUUUUAUCACUUAAACAUGUACUUAAUUCAGGUUUGAGUGAAAUUAAUAUAAUUUUAUCAUUAUUAUUAUUAUUAUUAUUUUAAAAUCACUUUUCACAUUAAAAAAAAAAUAAAGAGUGACGGUUAUGUUUAGCCAUUCUGUCCCACAGCUCUGGAACUCUAUAACUCUCUGGUACUCAAUAUAACGUCUCACUUUUCAAAUCCGGGCUCAAAACAUAUCUGGGUAAAUGAUCAUAUCCCGCUUGAUCAUUUGUUUUAUUUUAUGUUAUGAUUUCUUUCCUGUAACUUUGACCUCCUCUAAUUUUCUGAUCUUGAAUGUCUUGAAAUCAAGGGCGUAGGUUUGCAUAGGGACGGUAGAGACAUUAUCAACUUUUCAGGAUGCUAAAAUUGUCCCCACAAAUUUUUAAGCAACCUUAUUUGCAUUAUAUAAGUUCAGUUAUAUAGGGAAUGUAGAUUGUCUUCCCAUAUGCGGUAAGACUAGAACUGACCCCACCAUUAUUAAGUGAAUUAUUUUCAUUAUGUUUAUGUUUGCUAAUAAAAGAUUUAUUCUGGAAAUUUUCAAAAUGUUUCCUUAGUAGUUUUUGAAAACAAAGGUUAGGAUUGAACAGUGUAUCACCUGAACCAAUGCAAGUAAAAGUUAUUAUCAGUUGAUACAGAUUUAUUUUGCAUUGAUCAUUUAGCCUAUCAAUUAAUUAGGUUCAUAUUCAUGAGAAAUGUGGCCCUUUGCCCCGUUCAUCCAAUCUGUUUAGUCUUAUUAAUGUCCCGUCCCAAGCAAAAAGUGUACAACCCCUAGCAAAAAGUAUGGAAUCACCAGUCUCGGACGAGCACUCACAUGCACUCCAAUGCAGAUCCUUGACUCCUGACAAGGUGAUGAUGCUUGAACUUUGGAUUGGUGCUGUUCCAGUGAGAUUUACAAAGAUAACUGCCUGAAGAAAACAUCAAAAUUCCCUCAGUCCUUGAUAUGUGGCUGCAUGUCAGUCAAAGGCAUUGGGUAGAUAGCUGUGGUUAAACUUUCAAUAAAUGCAAAAGUUUACAUUGAAAUUUUAGACAGUGUUUUUUUAUCCCUUCAACUGAAAAUAUGUUUGUCAUUUUCCAAGAUGUCAAUGUAUUAUGCCACAGAGCUAAAACUGUUAAAGCAUUCCUUGGAGAAAGACCCAUCCAGUCAAUGUCAUGGCCUGCAAAUAGCCCAGAUGUCAACCCUAUUGAAUACCUGUGGUGAAAAUUGGGGGGGAAAAUGGUCCACAGCAAGGCUUCGACCUGCAAGAAUGAUCUGGCAACUGCAAUCAGAGACUUGGCACCAAAUUGAUGAAGAAUACUCAUCACGUCCAUGCCUCAGAGACUGCAAGCUGUCGUAAAAGCUAGAGGUGGUGCUACUAAAUACUAGAGAUGUGUUUUGAUUGUUAUUUUUUUGUUUGUUUCUCAUAUUCCAUACUUUUUUCCUCAGAAUGGAGUGAUUCCAUAUAUAUUUCCCUACAAUUGCUCCAUAAAAGUAACAUUUACUAACCACCACAAUGUUUUUUUUAUUCAUUUCUUUUAGUGUUUCUGAAUGCUAAAGAGUUGCACUUUUGAACUAAUUAUUUUUUCAAGCUUUUUAUCUGAGUUUUUUUCUACAUGAUAAAAUGUCUGAGUGAGUGCUCGUCCGAUACUGAUGAUUCCAUACUUUUUGCUAGGGGUUGUACAUGCAGGUUAUGCUGUUAUAUCUCCCCUACCAAUGUUGACACCAAACAUACGCCUUUGCUUGAAAGGCGCUUGGAAAUAAAAUGCAUUAUUAUUUGAAAUAACUGAGAUACUUCCUUUUGUUGAUUGUUUGUUCCAUUUCCAAACUUUU